GCAAUCUCAGAAUAAUGUAACCAAGUACAGAUAUGCACUAGAACUUGUACUUGAUGCAAAAAGCUAUUUGGUUUGCUCAUCAUCAAAAUGCAACAUGUUACAGGCUCUGCACUUGCACGUUACUAGUCAACGCGGAUGAUAUGCAAGUUUGCAUUUAUUUGCAUAGCGCGAUAAGAAGUGCUGCAAUUCAAAUACCUUAUAAAUACCGACAUUAGAUUGCACAAUUCCCAUUAUCAAAACAUCUGAUCUGAUCAGGCUCAAUGGCUUAUUUUCUUAGACUAACACUUUUUAUCAUUUUUCUGGUAAAUUCAGCACUGGCAGCAAGAGUCUCGAUCAAUGUGCUAAGAUUGGGAGCCAGAGCUGAUGGCAGGACGGAUGUUUCUAAGGUUUUCCUUAGGGCGUGGAAUUCAGCUUGCGCUUCUACUAGGCCAGCUCAAAUUUACGUGCCCCGGGGAAGAUACUUGAUUCGUGGUCCUAUAGUCUUCAGUGGCCACAACUGCAAACACAGCAUGUUCAUUCGUAUCCAGGGCACUAUUGUAGCUUCUACUAACUACAAUCUUAUCGCCACGAAUGGAAACUGGAUCAAGUUUGAGAAUGUCAAUGGACUUUCCAUUUCUGGAGGAAUCAUAGAUGCUAAAGGAGCAGCUCUGUGGAAUUGCAAAAAAUCCGGAAACAACUGCCCUGCAGGGGCAACGAGCAUAGGGUUCUACAGCUCGACGAACGUAGUUGUGAGUAGACUAACGUCAAUAAACAGCCAAAUGUUCCACAUGAUUGUCUACAAAUGCAGAACUGUGAGGUUACGAGGAAUCAAAAUCUUAGCACUCGGCAGUAGCCCCAACACUGAUGGUAUUAAUGUGCAGUUAUCAUCAGGAGUCAGCAUCUUCAACUCUCGUAUUAGUACUGGGGAUGACUGCGUGUCAAUUGGACCUGGCACUACUAACACGUGGAUUGAAAAUGUUUUCUGUGGUCCUGGUCACGGCAUCAGCAUUGGAAGUUUGGGCUGGGAUUUGCAUGAACCUGGUGUUCAGAACCUGACAGUCAAAUCAGUUGCAUUCCGGAAUAGUGACAAUGGUGUAAGAAUAAAAACAUGGGCAAGGUCGAGCAAUGGAUUUGUUAGAGAUGUUCUUUUCAAGAAUAUUGCAAUGAGUAAUGUCAAAAAUCCGAUUCUUAUAGACCAAGACUACUGUCCUAACAACCAAGAUUGUCCAGGAAAGGUAUCUGGAAUCAAAAUUAGCAAUGUAAGGUAUCAAGACAUUCGCGGAUCAUCUGCAACGCCAAUUGCAGUGCAGUUGCAAUGUAGUAAGAAAUAUCCUUGCAGUGGGAUACGACUACAAGAUGUAGUACUCACGUAUAAAAAUCAAGCAGCAAAAGCGUCGUGUGCCAAUGCAGGAGGAACUGCUUCUGGCGUCAUUAAGCCUUCUGGUUGUUUAUAGAGAUUAUCAUCAGAGUUCAUGUCAGUUUUUUUUUUUUUCAUAUCUAUGUCUGGAUUUGAGAGGACGUAAGAAUGUAUGCCACAGCUUGCAAAAUAUUGCCACUAGAAUUUCUAGAAUUUGAUUGAGUUGUGUGCUAAACACCAGCUGCCUGAAGGAUCAUGUGGGCUUCAUUUAGCCUGAGUUCCUCGUUCUGUAGUACAUGACUUUCUCAUUUUAAUUUUACUCUUCAUUGUCGGAUCAAAA